UUAUUUUUCUGUUGCAUUUAUUUACAGUUACGACAAAUACCAACUCAUUUUUUCCCCGAAUUAAUUCGAUUCGUGCUUCACAACCGUCGAAUCGCGUCGCCGCCGGUUGAGCGGGUUAUUUCGGUGGCCGACUGGCGGUUUAACACAGUUCAUUGCUGGUGGUGCUGCUGCUGCAAUAAGUGAAGACAACUGACGAUUAACUGUCAAGAAGAAUUAAAAACUAAAAAAAAGAGAGGCAGAAAUCUCGACAAUAUGGUGUCGGAAACGAAGAAAGUGUCGUCGUAUCGGGAAGAACGCGUGCGAUCCUCGAGCGUCGGCCCGAGUUCCAACAAACCCGGGUAUGGCAACACUCUCGAACGCAUCAAGACUUCCGGAAGAAACCCAGACUGGAAUCGACACUUGGAUCAAUUGUUGGACGAGCUGCAAACGAGUAUAAACCAUCCGAGUUCGUUGCAGCGCAGCGAUGGGAUCAGUCCGGGGUCUUUGUACGGCGCCCUGACGACACCGUCGUCGCCGUCAACGGCUCUGACGACACUGACGACCAAUGGAUUCGGUCCUAGUGACAAUGAUAAAAUCACUAGCCACGUUCGCGAAGAAUACACGUCUCCAGACAAGAAGAAGCACACUUUCAAGGAGAGCUACGAUUUCCACGGCUCUGGCGGAGGGCCCAGCUUUCCCCUCAGAAUUUUUGAAAUCAACUUGGCAUUCUUUUUAGGGGUUGCCUCCAGGUCAUCCAAUGCUAUUCUGCCAUUUUCAUCAACAGCUGCCUUCACAGCCGCCAAAAUGGCGGCCAAUGUGGCAGCUGUGAAGGCGGCUGUUGAUGAAAAUGGCGGAAUUGCAUUGGAUGACCUGGAGGCAACCCUUAGAAAGAAUGCCAAGUUGAUUUCAAAAAUUCUGAGGGAAAAGCUGGGCUGCAACAAAAAAGGGCGCCUCAUUUUUUGA